UACAAUGGAAAAUAAAUAUACACUACUUUUCAAAUGUUUGUUUUUAAUACUAAUACUUUUAUUCAGCAAGGAUGCAUUAAACUGAUCAAAAGUGACAGUAAAGACAUUUAUAAUGUCUAUAAUGAAAAAGAUUUGUAUUUCAAAUAAGAAAACUUCUUCAAGCUUUCUGUGAAUCUGCAUCACAGUUUCUACACUUCAUUACCAGCACAACUAUUUUCAACUACUACUAAUAAGAAAGGUUUCAUGAGAGUGAUUUCACACUUGUAGUUCGGUUCUCUUGGGUUUUUUUGGUCCGGACAAAAAAAAAAAAAAAAAAUAAUAAUACAUUUAGGUCUGGCUCGCUUAGUGUCAUUUUUAAGACCAAACCUCAAGAUACAAAACAAAAGAAAAAAGUAUUGUGCGACAGAACUUAAAGGGGACAUAUCAUGAAAAUCAGACUUUUUCCGUGUUUAAGUGCUAUAAUCGGGUCCUGGUGCAUCUACCAACCCAGAAAACGUGAGAAAGGACAACCCAGUAACUUUGUUUUGGCAAGCCUUUCUCUGCAAGCAUGUGAAAAAAUGAGCCGCUCAGAUUCCGCUCCCCUAGUGACAUAGGAAGGGGAUCUUAUUAUAAUAGUACUGCCCCUUAAUCUGCACGUUUCCACCCACGACGCCGCCAUUUUGUUUUAGCAAGCGAAAACGGUGUACCAGUUCUAACGCCAUGGCAAAAGUUUGGCAAACAGGUACGCUAUGUAUAGUGGGCGUCCAUACGGGUUUAGCACAAAAGAUUAACAUGACGGCACAUGCUAGUUGAUGAGCUGAAUCAACUCCACAGCAACUACAUAAAUUUAUCCACUAACCAUUCAGAAAUGUCCAGUUUCAUUCUAAAAGUUGUACCUUCUUCCUGAGUCUCUCCAUCAGUGUCGACUCCGGUUUGAACAAUGUAAGGCUGAACAAAUCCUCAUUUUGGCUGCGUGAGAUUCUCCAGCUUUGUUGUUGUUGAGCGACCGAAGCGUGAGCUGUUAAAGCUCCGCCCUCUUCUGGAAAGGGGGCCGGGAGCAGCAGCUCAUUUGCAUUUAAAGGGACACACACAAAAACGGCGUGUUUUUGCUCACACCCAAAUAGAGUCAAAUUUGACAAGCUAUAAUAAAUGAUCUGUGGGGUAUUUUGAGCUGAAACUUCACAGACACAUUCUGGGGACACCAAAGACUUAUAUUACAUCUUGUGAAAGGGGCAUUAUAGGUUCCCUUUAAAAGCAACUGAAAACGUAGUUAAGUUAGUAGUGUCAAUAUUUGUAGUUAGCAACUCCCCAACACUGUCAGUCCCUUACCAUAACCGCCAGUUUCAACACACUACUAACUAACUUAACCAGGCCCCACCCCUUUAUUCUGCAUAUGAAUUAUUUAAAUGAGGAAUAUUGUGAAGAAAACUCAAGACUACAAUGGAGGCGUUUCAGGGAGUUCAGAAACCCUGACACUGAUAUAGAGAAGAACUCCCACUGGAGGGACUUUGGAACUUUGCAGAGCUUUUGUCAUGCUCAAACAGCAACAUUUAGAUAGAUAGAUAGAUAGAUAGAUAGAUCUUCUGAUAGCAUCUUUUGAUCAAAUCAAAUCAAUUUGAGCAAAAGCAACUGAAAAUAAGUUGUAAAACUCUGUCUUUCCUGUAGAUCACUGUGAGAAUAAGAGAGAAAAGAGAAAAUCACGUCAUCAUCUUCAGGAUCUCCAUGGAUCUUCUGGUCCGGGUUCAGCAGUCGAACGGCUCCAAGCCCGCGGGCUGCGGCUCCGGUCUGGAUCAAGCGUACUGGCCACUGUGUGACACGUGGGGCAUCGUGGUUCAGGCCAUGGCCGCGCUGGGCUUCGUGAGCUGUGUGGUUCUGAUGCUGGCUCUGCUACUGUGGUCGGCGUGUGCGUCCUGCCGUCGGUCCGGUGUGCUGGCGGCGCUGCUGCUGUUCCUGCUCGCCACGGCCGGCAUAUUCGCUCUUCCGUACUCCUUCAUCAUCUCUCUCUCCCCGCAGACGUGCCCGGUGCGGGUGUUUGCGUUCAGCGUGUUGUUCAGCGUGGCGUUCGGCGCUCUGUUGGUGCGCAGUCUGGCCCUUCUGGGUGCAGCGCUGGUGCGCGGGUGGAGGCAGGUGUGCAUGACCGCGGUGCUCACGCUGGUGCAGGUGAUCAUAGCGGCAGAGUGGCUGCUAGUCGUGCUGGUGCAGGACAAGAGGACGUGCCAUUUCUCACAGCCAGAGUUUGCCAUGCUGCAGAUUUACGUGAUGGUCCUACUAGCCGCGGCGCUGAUGCUAGCGUUGCACCUCCUCCGGCGCACGUGCGUCACCUACAGCUACAGCUACAGUGGACAGACGCAUCGGCAGGACAAACUGCAGGCCGGGCUGCUCGUCCUUACGCUGCUGCUGAGCGUCUGUGUCUGGAUCGUCUGGAUCACGCUCCUCACCUACGGGAACCGCGCCAUGGGGCGCAGCCCCAUUUGGGACGAUCCCGUGAUCAGCGUCGCACUGACCGCUAAUGGUUGGGUGCUGCUGCUGGGACAUGGCUUCACUCAGGUCCACUUCAUGUGCAAGAGCGAAGCCCGUAUGAAAGACCCGCCUCUGGACUUCACGGGCUGGACGAGCCCCAGAACGCAACCAGCGGCUCCAGAGGACCCGAAAACAGGCACAGACAACAUCGUCUUCCAGAUGGACACGGACGGGAGAAGAGGUCAAGAUGUGGUGUCGUCUGGAAUCUUCAUGAGUGAAAUCAGUGCUGAAAAAGACUACAGCAUCCCGCGUCCCACGACCACCAACAUCAACGGGCCGUACGACGACUACUACGGGAGCAGAGCUUGACGACUAUAUUAUGACUUUUGUGGUUGAAUUUGCACACUCUUUCCAUC